AUGCCCGAUCCGUCAAUCGUCAGAAGACGUAGGAGGGUUCUGGGCUCCAUAAACGGCAUUCAGCACGAAUUCGACGUUCUCGUUCAAAUGUACGACAGUCUUUUUGACCAAUUCACCCAAACAGAAACCGAACUCAUGGACUGCAAGAAAAAGAUUGAGGUACUCGAGAAUAUGAAUAACGAUCACAUCGCCCGAGCCUCGCCAUUCCUCAGAACUCCAGAGACCACCAAUAUUUUGGUUUCAGAGAGGCUGAACAAAAUCUUCGACAACAUUGAAGCCUGGACAACCACUGUGCCUAUCCCAUACAAUUUCGCCACAAAAUGGCCUGCAGCUAUUCAAUGGCUGAAGGAAAGAGGGUUUAUCAAAGUAAACAACGCAUCGUACGAUCAGUGCAUGCGAAAGGCGGAACCGGAGCUGAUGUCAGUUGGGAUUAUUGCUACCAUUGUGAAGGCGCUAUUUUUGAACGUCAUACCGGGUGCGCUACCGGGGCAACGCAAUGUUCUCGCUCAACUGCGGGAUGGUAUCGAGCACAUCCAGCCUCCCCAGAGUAAGUCUCCUCCACAGAGCUGA